AUUUUUUUUGUUAUAUGAAGAAAAAGAACCAAAAUUCCAAUUUCUAUCUGAAAACAAUCUCGAAUAUCGCCUAAAUAUUUUUCUUCUAUAAUAUUUUCUUUGAUUCCGUUUUGCUUUUUCUCUUUCUUUCAUAAAAGCACGCGAUCUUAGUGUUCCUUCAUCUAGCAAAUAAGAGUACAAAAAGGGGAGAUUUUUUUUUUAAUUUUUUCCCGGGAAACUGAAAUUCAUCGUUUCAAGUCUUUUUUCCUCCACGUUUACCAUCAGUUUCCGUUUAGGAAGGCGAUCACGAAGUUAGUUCUGUCAGAGAAAGCGUAAACUCAUUUGCACAGAUUUUCAGUUAAAGAGGUGGAGGUGAUUUUCUCGUGAUUUAGAUUUUAUAGCCCUUUUAAAAUACACUUUCAGUUUCCACCAGAUCUUGCUCUGUUGCUCACAAUCAUCUUUCCGUUCAGGCCUUAUGCUGAGGGUCUCUCUUUGUUUUAUGGAGAAGUGGCAACUGAAUGCCUGCUAAAUAAUGCUCAAAGACUCUUGCAAUCUGAAUUGCACAUAGUUUUGUUGUGAAUAUACAGUAAGAUGAAUUUAAAUAGAAUGGGGAUCCCUACACGCAGGUUCACCACUUAUAAUGUAUGGUUAGUAGAAAGCCGAAUGAAAGCAUGAGGCUUAUUGUAACAACAUUUGUUGGAGUAGUUUUUGGCUUCUUGAUAGGAAUAUCUUUUCCAACAUUGUCAUUAACAAAGCUUAAUCUAUCAUCCAGCAUUCUUACUACCGUCGAUUUCAAAUUCACUGAGUAUACAAAGUCUGGCCCCUCAAGCUCAACUCCUGUGCAGCAUCCAAUUGGUAAUAAUGGCAGCUCUGCUAAUGUCACGUUAAAGAAGAUUUGGGUCCCAUCGAAUCCUCGAGGUGCAGAAAGACUACCACCGGGAAUUGUUAGAGCUGAGUCAGACUUAUACUUGCGUAGAUUGUGGGGCAAACCUAGUGAGGACUUGGCCAGCACACCAAAGUAUCUUGUCGCCUUUACGGUUGGUUAUGAUCAACGAAACAAUAUUGAUAUUGCAGUUAAAAAGUUUUCAGGGAAUUUUACUAUCCUUCUCUUUCAUUAUGAUGGUCGAACAACUGAAUGGGAUGAGUUUGAGUGGUCAAAGCAGGCAAUACAUGUGAGUGUCCAGAGGCAGACUAAAUGGUGGUAUGCCAAGCGGUUUUUGCACCCGGACAUCGUGGCACCCUAUGACUACAUAUUUAUCUGGGAUGAGGACUUGGGGGUUGAGCAUUUCAAUGCAGAAGAAUACAUUAAACUGGUGAGGAAGUAUGGACUGGAGAUUUCACAGCCUGGUCUGGAACCAAACAGAGGGUUAACCUGGCAAAUGACUAAGAGAAGAGGUGAUCGUGAAGUUCACAAAGAAACACAGGAGAAACCGGGCUGGUGUAAUGAUCCACAUGUUCCUCCUUGUGCAGCGUUUGUUGAGAUAAUGGCUCCUGUUUUCUCACGAGAUGCAUGGCGGUGUGUAUGGCAUAUGAUUCAGAAUGACUUAGUCCAUGGCUGGGGUCUUGAUUUUGCCCUCAGAAAAUGUGUAGAGCCCGCCCAUGAGAAGAUAGGCGUCGUAGAUUCUCAGUGGAUUGUUCAUCAAUCUGUUCCCUCACUUGGGAACCAGGGAGAGUCACAAAAUGGGAAGGCACCAUGGCAGGGGGUAAGGGAGAGAUGUAAAAAGGAAUGGACUAUAUUCCAAGCGCGGUUGUCAAGGGCGGAGAAAGCAUAUUUCGAGGAGAUAAAUUCAACAUCUCAUUAGGAGAAUAGCAUCACUUAAAAAGGAAAGCUGACCGUAUACAUUCAUUAUUAGUAUUACUGCACUACUUAGAUAUAAUAUAUAUUUUUUUCUUAUCCACAUAAAAUUUGUAGAAUCCAGCAUUACAUUUUUAAUCAAUGUUUACUAAUAAUCACAACUUUUGUGUCCUCAAAUGACAAUAAAGACUUAAUUCCAUUUCUCAUACGAAACUUCUCCUGCUUGGCCCGCAUUUGCAAGGCUCGUCUUUGUCUCUGUCCUUCCUAUCAAGGAUGGUAAUUUUUGUGUGGAAAGUGAUGGAGAAAAACAAUGUUUUUAAAUAGUUAAGAAAAGACAAUUUUUAUUGAAGAUUAAAUUAUUUAGAGUGUUAGGAACUUGGCUUAAUAUUAAGCAUAAUCUUUUUGUUUUUGCUAUAAAAAAAUUAAUGAUGUUAAAUGUUCAUAAAUUGCGAUAUA